AUGUCAGGGCGAAAAUGCGGUAAAUGCCGAUUACAUGGAAAGAUAACGUUGCUUAAAGGGCACAAACGAAACUGUCCUUUUGAAAACUGCUCCUGUAACAAAUGCGCAAGCCACGAGAACUUACUUGCAUUACGCGUUCAAACAAGACAUAAUGCAGAGGACAAGGGAAAACUCUGGCGGAUGAAUCUGCAAACGUCCUUAGAAGCUAAGAAAUCAGCAAUUUCAUUUCCUGAAAUGACAACCAAUUCUUCACAGUCAAUCGAGGAUGAUGCUAGUUUUGCACUUCAGCUUGCAAAUUAUGGGACGGCAAGGCAUGUGUCUGAAAAUUCAAUUCCUAAAUCUCAGCAACGGAAAGCCAAAUCUCAGAAGCAACUGGAAAAACAUCGCGAGUUAUUCAAUUCUAUAAACAGCUACUCGAGGGAGAUUGCCGCAGAAUCAGACAAUCUAAAUCCAGUGACAAUCUUAAUCAAGCCGCCAAUGGCAACACAACUCGAAGAUUUAUUGUGUAAACGAAUAAAGAACGAUACGAUGAAUCAAAUGAUAAUUACUUGA